GAUAAGAGUCCUCUUAUUGAGAAAAAUCAUCAAAAUCAUUCUUCAUAAUUUUGGAACAUUUAAAUCAUCGAGUGAAAUUAAAAACUUUCAGUGAAACUUAACACAGGUGAGAAAAUAUUGUGAUGAAUAUUGCAAUCACGUGACAUCUACCUUUUUUCUGAUUGGGUGCGAGAUUCCAUCACAUGCAUUUUCUUCUCACGAGAGAUCGUUUUAGCAUAUAGUGGGGGUGGCUUCAGAAACAUUAUAUGACCGAGGUUAGGUCUUAAUGUUCCGAAUACAAAUCAAACAGGACUAGAUAAAGCGGUCAUUUUUGAGUGAUACUAUGAGUUCGUACUAUAGCAGUAUCAUGCCUGCUCAUAUGCCCGGGUCGGGGGGCACUGGUCCUACGGAUGUGUACUACCCCCGGGCCGAGAAGCACCUAGAAGGAGGAGGAUUUCACUCUGCUCCCCAUAAUAUGUGUUUUGACAACAGUGACAAUUCAUACGGAAUGUCUGGGUAUCCGUGCUACCCUAUGUAUGACAGAUUAGAUCCUCAUGGACCUAGCCAACCUAUGAACCUUGUGUCCAAACAGCCAGGCUUCUGUGCGGGAAGCAAUGGCUCUAUUUACCAAUCUUACCAAAAUUCACAAAACUUUCAUGGACAAUCUUUCUCCGAUGAUAGAUCAAACUGUGUAAAAAAUGAGGACUCUUGUGUCCCCACCCCUCCCCCAAAUUACUCUGUUCACGAACAGCCCCAUCACCCCGCGGUAUCCCAAAUGCAUGGGUCAGAACUGAGCCAUCUUGCCACAAAUCCUGCAGCCAGAAUGAAUGGACUCUCUCCUGCACCAAAUAUGCAAGUUUUUCCAUGGAUGGGUUCCACAAUUAAUGGAGCUGAGGUGACAUAUGAACAGAAGAGAACAAGACAAACCUACACACGCUAUCAAACUCUUGAGCUGGAAAAGGAAUUUCAUUUUAACCGCUAUCUCACGAGGAGGCGACGAAUUGAAAUUGCUCAUCUAUUAGGACUUACUGAACGUCAAAUUAAAAUCUGGUUCCAAAACAGGCGGAUGAAAUGGAAAAAGGACAAUAAUAUACCCAAAUUGACAGGCCCAGAUCGAUCAAAGCCAGAAAAUGACUCGGAAAGAGGCAUGACGUCAUUAGCCAGUCCCGGAUCAGAUGAUAAUUUUUCUAGUUGAGAAAAGUACAUAAUGCGAACUCUUUUGUGUCUCAGGGUAAAAAAAAUCGAUGGACAAAAAAUUGUGACCUAUUUUUCGAAAACGGUCGGGUUUGUGAUUUGGCCCCUCCGAGGACGUGGAGCGUGAUGGUCGGGUUCGAGGUGCGGCUUCGCGGUUUUGUGUGUCAUACAUUGGAUGUAAACCGUUCACUUUGUACACUUGCUAAAAAAUAGGACAAUUCAAAGGUCAAGACAGUAAACUCAAAUAAAUAUGAAUUCCAUAUUUUUCCUGCAUAAUUUUUGGAAUAUAACCGGUGAAACAACAUUAAAAAGAAAACUUUGAUGUGACAGUGUACAUGAAACGGUGAAAGAAAUACUACAUCCAAAACUCUCUACUAGUGUACUUAGAUUACAUAAAAGUAUUCCAUGACAUCAGUCCCAAAUCUCGUGACCAGAUCUCAUUUAACGAGAUUUAUUGGUUACAUUUAUACAAAUGUUGAAUGAUAGUGUUAGUUGUCUAAAAUAUUAAAGAUAUCUAUAACAAUUAA